AUGGCCGGCGAGACGCGGCCUGCGCCUGCGCGGCUCCGCUGCUCCCACCCCGCCCCCGCGCCGCGCGAGGCCACACCCACCCCGCGCUCCCAGACGCCUCCGCGCGCCGACCGGGGUGGGCGGGGACUGAGAGAUUCUGAAUCCUGUUCCCUGGGAAACCCAACAGAACCCUGGACUGGGGAGAGGAGGAGAAGCCUGCCUUUAAAAUUGAGCCUCCUGGAGAGAUGCAGUCUCAGGCCUGAGAAGAUGCAGGGGCUGCUGUCUCAGGAGGGCAGGGCCUGGGAGAAGCGUGCUUCCCUCACCAAGGACUGCGUGGCUGUGGAGGUUGGGGCCUCUGGCUGUGACAGUGACAAGAAAGACCUACCUUCUCCCGAGACUGGGCAUCCCCAGGAGUGGAGCUCGGUGGAGGAAGACGAUGAGUCAGAGGACUCCCAGGGCUUUGUGGGCUGAUCAAAAGCUCCGCAACAAAUGACCAUAGUCUUGGUAGUGUGUGUGCUUUAUUUGUUCCUGGUUUUAACAGGGAUGCCUAUGAUGUUUCACAUUUAA